UCCCACAUCUAAUACCUUCGAUCAAUAUCGAUUAUCUCCACUUCUUCCACGAGCUUUUUACUAGCUUUCUUUCAUCAAAUCAUUAACUUAAGUCAUCAUGGGUGUCUUCACUUACGAAUCUGAGUUCACCUCUGUCAUCCCACCAGCUAGGCUGUUCAAGGCCUUUGUCCUUGACGCCGAUAACCUCAUUCCCAAGAUUGCUCCCCAAGCAGUUAAGAGUGCCGAGAUUCUGGAAGGUGAUGGAGGAGUUGGCACCAUCAAGAAGAUCAACCUCGGUGAAGGAAGUGAAUACAGCUAUGUGAAGCAUCAAAUUGACGGAAUUGACAAAGACAACUUUGUCUACAAAUACAGCAUGAUUGAGGGAGACGCUAUAUCUGACAAAAUCGAGAAGAUCUCCUAUGAGACUAAGUUGGUAGCAUCUUCCGAUGGAGGCUCCGUCAUCAAGAGCACCAGUAACUACCACACAAAGGGUGACGUGGGGAUCAAGGAAGAGCAUGUCAAGGCUGGAAAAGAAAGAGCUGCUGGUCUAUUCAAGAUCAUCGAGAGCCACCUUCUAGCCAACCCUGAGGCCUACAACUAAACCUCUCACUACUAUACUCGAUAUGCUAGAGCUGGCAAGCCCUACUUGUCCUCAUUUCUAUGUUUGUGUGCGUGGCUUUCAUUUUUGUUCAACUUUUGAUCUUUCAAGUUAUUUUGAUUGAGUGACGUAUUUGUAUUUGAUUUCAAUAUUAAAUUGUGUAUUGUUUUGUUUUAAUUUUCUCAGCAAACUCAAAA